UCAUACAAAGUGCAAAGAGUGACCUUUGAGAGCAUUUCAUGGAAACAUUGGCGCCUUGUUCUAGUUUGAUCCCCCUCUUCAAUCAGUCACGGUCAAAGCUUUGACGCAAUCACCCCACACAAUUCACAGCCUCCAAAGUUUUAAAACGAUGUCCAGUAGGAGCCAAAUUGUCAAUCUGAUCCACUCUGUUGGUUCAUCAUGUCGAUGUCCUGCUCAUUCGCAAACAUUCUCUCCAAUAAUCACGGGCCCUCAUCGGUUCUCCACCCAACCAAACACCAAUGAAUACGCCUUCGAGAUGGCUUGUUCCAAUAUUCGAUAUGGACCAGGAGUCACUCAAGAGGUGGGACAAGACCUGAAUAACAUCAAGGCCACAAAUGUGGGUGUAUACACAGAUAAGACUGUCGCCAAAUUGCCCGCCAUGAAAGCCACGUUGGAAUCGCUUUCUCGACACAAAGUGAACUUCAAAGUAUUCGAGGACGUGCGUGUUGAACCAACGAAUGAAAGUUUCAUCCAGGCUGCGGAUUUUGCCAAAUCCAAUGGGUUCGACGCCUUUUUGGCUGUGGGUGGGGGAUCGGUUAUGGACACUUGUAAGGCAGCCAAUCUGUAUGCCAGUGAUCCUUCGGCAGAGUUCUUGGAUUAUGUCUCGGCUCCCAUUGGAAAGGGGCUUCCAGUUAGAGUCCCCUUGAUGCCUUUGAUUGCCAUUCCAACCACGUCUGGCACUGGAAGCGAGACCACAGGUGUGGCUGUGUUCGACUAUCUUCCGUUAAAUGCCAAGGUGGGCAUUGCCAAUCGGGCCUUGAGGCCACUACUGGGCUUGAUAGACCCUCUUCAUACACUGACAAUGCCCGAACGCGUCGCAGCAUUUAGUGGGUUUGAUGUGUUGUGCCACGCUUUGGAAUCCUUCACGGCCAUUAACUACCACGAGCGUCAACCUCGUCCUGUGGACCCAAUCCUUCGCCCAGCCUACCAAGGGAGCAAUCCUAUAUCUGAUGUCUGGGCCAGGAACGCACUGGGGAUUCUAAAUAAAUACUUUGCCAGGUCUGUCUACAAUCCUGAUGAUGUCGAAGCCAGAUCCGAAAUGCAUUUAGCAGCCACCACUGCAGGCGUGGGAUUUGGAAACGCCGGCGUUCAUUUGUGCCAUGGAUUGAGUUACUCCAUCGCUGGAAUGGUCAAGGAGUACAAGCCGGUGGACUACAGCGAAAAUUUUCCCAUCAUCCCGCAUGGCCUUUCAGUGGUGAUCACAGCUCCAGCUGUCUUUGAAUUCACAGGUAAAAUGUGUCCAGAGAAACACCUUGAAGGGGCGGAACUUUUGGGCUACGAUAAAAUUCGAUCAGCCAAACGGGCAGAUGCCGGGAAAAUUCUGUCCGAUACCUUGAAAACCGUGAUGGACCGCCUGAAAAUCCCCAAUGGCUUGAGUGCGCUUGGAUAUGGAACUGAAGACAUUCCCGGUUUGGUAAAAGGUGCCAUCCCUCAGGAUCGUGUGAAUAAAUUGGCUCCUAGGCCUCAAUCUGAGGCGGAUUUGGCUGGGAUCUACGAGAACUCCUUGACUGUCUACUAAAUCAACGUUUUAUUCUGAAUCUGGAAGCAAUGUGAACAGUACCACUUCAUCGCUUCAUCAAUUCUUGCAAUGUUUGGACGCCCUUCACAAACACUCUUCCAUAGUGUCAAAGUCGCACACUUUCACAAGGAUAUUAAAGUAAAGAUAAAGUACGUGUAUCCAUUAUUUCAAUGUCCAUGACGGAAAGGGGAAAAAGAAGAAAAAACUGAUGGUUGGGCCGUC